AUGAAUGAUAGUUACCCCGACGCUCGGCUCAAUAGUACAGCGUCGAUCGUUCUAUCACUGUGGCUUUCCUUGGGCAGUUUUGUAGCUGUAACUGGAAAUGCAGUUGUGUUGUGGUUGUUCUUCAAAAACAAGUCUCUACGAACAGUUUCUAACCGAUUUUUAGUCUCCUUGUCAAUAGCAGACUUUUUGGUUGGACUUGUGAUAGACCCUGUAUGGAUCGUCAUCAGAUGUUUUAUUCAGCCGCCAAUUCACACAGUUUUGGACUACUUUAUUUUACUGUUAUGGGUUCACACAACCACCGCCACUACUUUCAACAUUUGCUGUGUUUCCGUCGACCGGUUUAUCGCGAUUCGGUUUCCUUUCCGUUAUCAGGAGAUUGUAACCAAGAAAAGGUGUUACACACUGAUUAUUUUGGUAUGGUUAUUUUCAAUGGGUCUUCCUUUCUCGACGUUAACGUUGUCGUUACAUAAGUUGCAACAAAACUUUUUAAUAAUGUGGUUUUCUUUAACUUUUAUUACGUUUGUUUUUCCUUUAUUGAUAGUCUCAAUUUCGUACAUUUAUAUUUUCAAAUUAGCAAAAGAACAAUUUAAAAGAAUAUUAGUAGAGGAAAAUCCACGAAACUACGACGAAAAUAUCAAAGUUCGUACAAUGCAAAAUUUUAAAGCUUUAAAAACAGUCGGUUUUGUUUUGGGUGCUUGCAUAAUCACAUGGAUGCCUAGUUUAGUUCUAAUGGUAUUUGACUGUUAUUAUGCCAUAGUAGAUAACAGGGGUAAAAUAUUUACAUCGGUUCGUGUUGUAUGGCCUUGGGUUGAGACACUUGCUUUUACCUCUUCAAUUGUCAAUCCUUUUAUAUAUUGCUUUCGAAAUGAAGGGUUUUAUCAAACAUUUCGUCGCUACUUUCGUUGGUUUCCCUGUGGAACCACAAAGGAAAGCCUACCAGAAACCGGACUUAAACCAGAUCGGCAACUUAUGGUAAGAAAUGACUUGAGAUGCAGAGAUAUAGCAAUUUAA